AUGGAUGAUGAGCUUGACGGAGAAGAAAACCGGGUUGUUCGAAUUUUCCAGGAAAAUUUAUCCUCUGUGGUUUUUAUCAAGGACAUUGAGUUAGCUAAAGUCCCAAAGAGCACUUCUGAAAACGGUGUAGCUGAUGAAGAGAAUGCAAAAGUGGAAGGAUCGGGUUCCGGCUUUAUCUGGGACGAUUUUGGUCAUAUUGUAACUAACUACCAUGUGGUUUCUAAAUUGGCAACGGAUAGAAGUGGCUUACAACUCUGUAAGUUGUUUUGUUUUAGCACUGGGAUUUGCCGAGUAAAUAAAGAGCUAGUCGAUGUAAACUCAAGUUAUAAGCAGGUUAUCAGUGGAUUAGGCAGGGAGAUACCUUCCCCAAACGGGAAAGCUAUUCGAGGAGCAAUUCAAACGGAUGCGGCUAUUAAUGCCGGUAGUGGAACAUCGUCUGGGGUGAAUUUCGCAAUACCAAUCGACUCAGCUCUUCGAAUCGUGCCUUAUCUUAUUGUGUACGGGACUCCAUAUGUAGACCGAUACUGA